AUGGCUGGAUAUUUCUUUGUGGCAUUGGCAACGUUGAGUUUAUCGGUGACCGCCGCGCCUUCUGCGCAGCAGGGAAUCUACCAGCAAUAUGCACCCGCGCAUCAGCAGCAGCCCAUUCCACUGGAAUAUUACCUCCAGAAUCCAGAUGUAGUCAACUACAACUUCAGGUCAGCUCAACAAAAGCAAGCUGGUGCCCAAGGAGAAUCAGCUCGCUUAGAGUCUUUGGAGCCAGAUAGUGAAGUGGAACUAGUGCCUGGAGUACAACAACCGCAGCAGCCACCACAACAGAAUCCAGUCGCUCCAAAUAUACCCGGCUUAUUGCCCGGGCAAAGAGUGUUUAUAGUCCAUAUGCCAGUUCCCGGAUACAGCCCUGGAACCAUAGGAGGCUACCAACCUGUAUACAUAGUAGCCGCAGCGCCACAAGGAAAUGCAGCAUAUCCUGGAAAUGGAUUCCAGAACGCAUUUCUCCUAAACCCGUCUGGACAAGCCGUUGGAUAUACACCAAGAGGAGCGGUGCCGCCCCAACUUCUUAGAGGGUUUGCUCUUCAGAGGCCUUUUGACUUAGGAUACCAAGAUGCUGGAUUACGUCAAGCCAAUGGUGGUGCUAUUCAAGGUAAUGCAGGAAGGGAAUCUAUUCGUUUCUCGAAUCAAAUAGGACUACAGCGAUCGGUCAACCCCGCCGACUACCAAGGACCGGUUAUGGUUAUACAAAGCUCUGCACUAAAUAAGCAAAGACAGGCUGGUUCUCCUGAAGAACUGAACCAAGUAAACGAAGAACAAAAAGAAGCCUACGAACAUAAGGCUAACUUCAGAGGCACAGCUGCACUUCAACGAAACAAAGCAUAA